CGUCCAACACCAAAGAUUCGACAUCAGCCCUUCCCACACAGCUUGUGGAACCACAUACUCCCACCAUUCCCAGCUCGGGAACGGUGGUUGGCUCCCCUCUCCAUCGGUCUUCACGACGACCGGUAGCUGCUGCUACGAUCUCCCUCCAGAUUUGUCUCGUCUUACUCCUCUCAUAACUUGCACGCUCACCGAUCCUCCCUCGCCCGCCCACCUCGAGCCUCUCCCUCCGUCGCAUGCCUCCGCGCAGGGACCAACGCCACUGCGCUCGAGCCCUCCUCCCGCUGCUCGCGUGGCUAUGUGGCAUUGCAGCGGCUCUGAGCCUUCGCUACGGCUACUACGGCAGCAACCACCUGGCUUUGGGUCCCAACUCGUCGCGGAUGAUGACGACCAGCUCGCUCUUCGUGGAGCAGCUGCAGGUCAAAGACGAAGCAGGCCAAGGGUUGCUGCUCUACGGAUUCAACGACAGGCCACAGCUGAGCUCCGAAACAAAUUGGACCAUUUCCAGUGAUCUCUUCGUCGACACCUACAGUCGCCAGGGAUUCUCCAUGUGGUUGAACAGAGGAUCCAGGAUUUGGAUGGCAUGGCAGGUGGGUUAUGGUGGUGAGAGCUAUGCAGACAUGCUUGUGGUUUUGAUCAAGGGAGAACAGAACUUGGAGGAGCUGGAGAGAUACUCCCAUGAUGACAUGGGCAACUCAAGGGAUGGUAGCAACCGAGAAUUCACUGUUGCGGAGGACGGCAUGUAUUACCUUGGCGUCAUCAAUCUCUCUCUUCGGAGCAUCACCAUGAACAUGAACAUAAAGAUCGCAUCCAAAAUGUACGACACCAGCAAAGCCACAAGCAUAUGCUCCACCAGCAAUGGCGAAUGCAAGCUCAAGCUUCUGUUCCCCAACGCCCAGUACUAUGUGUUGGCAACAUCAGACAGUGAGGUGCCCCUCAAGGUUUGGCACAUCCAACUCUCCUUCGUAGCCCGCUUGACUUCCUACUUCUUAGUCACAGGCUUUUUGGUCGUGAUUGUUUCCGUCAUACUCAAGCAUCUUGGAGCAUGCUGCGUUGAGCAGACGAGGCGAGAGCAGGGCGUUGAGGCGGCGGCGGCGGAGGCGGAGACAGAGCCGAUAGCGCCGAGGAAAGAGAUAGCCUGCGGUUACGGAGCCACGGAAGAGGAGGCGGAGUCGAGCGUGUGCUGCACCGCCGACGACCUGUACGACGGGAAGAUAUGCGUCAUCUGCUACGACGAGAGGCGCAGUUGCUUCUUCACCCCUUGCGGCCACAGCGUCGCUUGCUGCUCCUGUGCGCAGAGGGUGCUGGAGGAGCAAAACAAGGUCUGUCCCAUCUGUAGAAGGCUCAUUCACAAGUGGAGAAGAUUGCCAGGUCUAUAGCAUGAGUAAUGUGCAGGGGACGAAGAUAUGAUCUCAUGGAACUGGAAAUAUGCCUGUAUUUUGAUGUUAGAAACAGUUCCUCUACAGAAAUCAACCAUAUCACAUAUAUGAAUUAUCGAUCAAAUUUGUUCAA